AUGAUUCUAACGGAUUUACCAUUUGAUUUUAAACGCUUACAAUUUCCAGUACGUCUGGCCUUCGCGCUGACCAUAAAUAAAUCGCAAGGACAAUCGUUAAAAGUUUGCGGAAUUAAUUUGGAGUUUCCUGUUUCACGCAUGGAUAAUUAUAAGUCGGAAAACCGUCUCAUUUGUUUGUUUGUUUACGCACCACAAAACAAAACAAAAAAUAUAGUUUACGAGAAAGCUUUGAAUUGA